AUGGCAAAAUCAUACACACAUACUGAAUUUGAUAGUCUAAUAGAGAAGGUGGAGAAGGUAGAUCUUAGGGUGAAAGAAUACUUGGAAUUAACUGGAUACGAAAAGUGGGCUAGGUUGUAUGCACCUGUUAAUAGGGGAUGGACCAUGACGUCAAAUAUUGCUGAGUCAAUCAAUGCCGCACUUGUAUCAGCAAGAGAAUUGCUAAUAUACGACUUCCUCAAAGAAGUUAGGAAGAUGUUUGGACGUUGGAAUUGCAGCAAUCGGAAAGAAUCUUUACACACGUACACAACACUUGGAAAAAAAUACCAGGAGAUACUUACUUUGAAUGAGGCAAUGUCUACAC